AUGAAGGUCCAAAGUGAUGAAAGACAACGGGUUUUCCAGGCAUACCGGCCACUCUUCGCUGGAGAAAGCGCGUUGAUCCGAAAGAAAAAGGCGAUAAUUAAGAGAAUUGAGUCUCUUAAAUGCCCUGAUGCUGAUUUGAUUACGGACCUAGGUCAGGACAAAAUUGUGAAUAUCUUACAGUCGCUAUUAACAGAUGAUGCUUUUGCCGCCGAACCUAUAGCCAAUGAACCGCCGAGUGCAGUAUUGCUUCGUCAACAAACAACUAGAACGGGAGCUAAUGCUAAAAUACCGGAUCUUUCAAAGUCGACAGAGCCAAGUUGCGAUAAUAGAGAGCUGGACAAAAUCGAUCGUAGCGGCGUUAUAGAUAACAGUGCGGUGGAUAAAGACCUCGAGAACUCUUCUUCUAAAUAUGAAGUCGCAAGCCAAGUUUUCUCAGAUGAUGCCUCGACAAAUCUCUCCCAUGCCCCUUUCCAAAUACAACAUCUGGUUCUCACGAAUAUACAGACCCUCCUCGAACAGGCAUGCUUCGACUUUGCGUCUAAAUGGGCUCCUGAGCUGAUAUCAACGGAGAUGUGGGACUGUCCGGAAGCCAUUGAGCUGAGUAAAUGGACCUUGGUCUUGAACAAAGUCAUCCACAAAAUUCCUAUUAACGCCUUCAAUGCCGAGGAAUAUCCAAACAUAAGGGCAAUCCUUCACUCUGGUUAUGAGAUCCGGAACAUCGCCGUUCACCGUAAGCGGGUAAGUCUUCAGAAGCUUGAAGAUAUCACGCAGGCUGCGGUUUUGUUUCUGCGAGCAAUUCGUGAUAACAACAGAGAGCUCCAGCUCUCCAGCGUGCAUGCGGUGAUGAGUGUGUUUAUGUGGUCGCUGGAAUCCCGACGACAGAUCAUCGAAGCUCGGUUUCGGGAAGAACUUGAAGAGAUACAGCGCGUUCGUAAGACUCUGGAUCUGAGGGAAAAAGAGGCUGAGAUAGCGAUGAGAACUGCGAAUGCGAAAGUCAACGACCUUACUAAGUACAUGCUGGAGCAUUCUCUACAGGAGAUAUUUGGUGGAAAAGUGUAG